UGUCUGAUGCCGUUGGUUCUGUGUAAAACCUGCUUUGUCAAUAACGUGAACAUACUGUAACUGGCAACCCUGCACGCUUCUCCCUUUCUUUCUUUCGGAAACGAAACCACCGGCAGAGGGCACUCUUGGCCGACCUCGCUAAGACGCUUUCACUCUCUGUUCCCAUGGCUCUUAUUGACCAGAGACAGAAAAUAGCAAUGCGAAGGGAGCCGUAAGAACUCGAGUGCGACAGAAUAGCUUCUUUGCAUUGACACACACUCACCUUGGACCUCGGAAAGGUUUUUUUUUUUUGGAUGAUGAACCGGACCGCGCCUUGGUUUUGAGAACUGUUGCGGGUGCGUGGAAGUCGCCUUUUACCUUGGACCCGGACCUGCUGGAUCUAAAAGUUACACAUCUUUGCAGUUCAUGGGUUUAAAUUACUACACGCACAAUUUCCUUUAUUCUUGGGCUGUGGAAUUUUGAGGGAGCUCCGGUCGCAAGUGUAGGGGACUCAACAGCUCUCAGUCACGUACUGACAAGGAAACCGUUUCAUGUUGGGCCCAGCUUGUGAAAAGAAAAUCUUCCUCUGUUUGGAAUCUCAUCUUCCUGUCCAAUACUUGGGAAUAUGGUAGAAAACUUCUCUGGAAUUCUGAGAGUUUCCAUAGCCCUGUCGCUGAUCGGGUCCAGCCUGGUGGUGUCUCAGCACUCUGUGGAACACAGAAAGGUUCCUCAGAGGAUAGAGGCCCAGCAGCAUGCUCCGGAUGGGGAGGGGGGCGUGUCGGGCUCCUGGGGCCGCUGGGGUCCGUGGACAGCGUGCUCGCGCUCCUGUGGGGGAGGGGUAAUGGAGCAGACCAGGCCCUGCUUGCCACGGUACUACUCUGAAGGGGGAGGGUACCAUCACAGCACCCCGCCGCUCCCCCCAGGCAGAGUUGUGUCUGCCCUGCGCCCCUCUGUCCCGCUGCACCGUGAGGGCGUCCGAACGACACGCUCCAACGACACCCAGCACAGGAGAACGGGAGCAGCAAGGGGAGGGCGAUCUCAGGAACACAGACCUGACCGCAGAGGGAGAGGUGGCAGGCGGAUUGUUCCAGGGAAGUAUGGGUAUGGGAAGGUCCCCUACAUCCUCCCUCUGCAGACUGACGCGGGGCAGGACCCCCCCAGAGACCAGAGCCGGAGGAAGCGUCAGGCCCCUCGUGGCUACCCCUGGAGGAGGGGGCAAAGCCAGGGGUACAGCCAGCAACACCCCUACCCAGGCUCCUACAGCAGCUACCACACAGGCCCCCCGCAGCACCACCCCAACCUCUACCAAGUCAGUCUUGCCAGGCCGCAGCCAGCCGGGACCUCUCUUUACCAGCAUGGCCAGGACCAAGCCUUGCAGCAGGGCCUGUACCCGGGGAGUAACCCCUCUGUCCACCUGCCUGCUCCUCAUAGAACUCCCAGCUCGGCGUCUUUCAUGUGCGUGGGAGCCUACAAGCAGUAUAAGAUAUGCAACACUGAGGCCUGUCCACCAAAUGGACGCAACAUCCGUGAAGUACAGUGUGCCUCCUACAACAACCAGCCCUUCAUGGGCAGAGUCUAUGAGUGGGAGCCCUUCACCGAGGUGCGAGGGGCUCAGCGGUGUGAGCUGAACUGCCGGGCGCUGGGCUAUCGCUUCUACGUGCGGCAGGCUGAGAGGGUCAUCGAUGGGACGCCAUGUGAUCACAACGAGACGUCCAUCUGUGUGGCCGGCCAGUGCAAGAGCCUCGGCUGUGAUGAUUACCUGGGCUCAGACAAGGUGAUGGACAAGUGUGGGGUGUGCGGGGGGGACAACACGGCCUGCAAGGUGGUGUCGGGGGUCUUCAAGCACACCCUGAUGCAAGUGGGCUACCACAAGGUGGUGGAGAUCCCUGAGGGGGCCACCAAGAUAAACAUCACCGAGAUGAUCAAGAGCCGCAACUACCUUGCACUGCGCACUCGGUCUGGGCGCUCCAUUAUCAACGGGAACUGGGCAAUUGAUCGGCCAGGGAAGUACGAGGGUGUGGGCACAAUGUUCACCUACCGGCGCCCCAAUGAGAUCAGCAGCACGGCUGGGGAGUCCUUCAUCGCUGAGGGGCCCACCAACGAGAUCGCUGACGUCUACAUGAUAUAUCAGCAGCCAAACCCUGGGGUCCACUACGAAUUUAUUCUGCCAGUAGAGAAUCUUAUCAGCUCCCAGCUCCCUGCCGACAGGAGGCCUGGGGACCCCCUAAACGGUCAGCUAGGGGUGUCGGACAGCAGCAACCCCAACAGAGAAGAGUAUGAGAACCCACACAGCCAGGGCGGGGGGGAUUAUCCAGGCAGGAACCCCGAAAGCCAUGUCCCUGCAGCCCCCCCACCCAGGAGGCAGCGGGACUACAACUGGAAACAGGCCGGCACCACCGAGUGCACUGCCACCUGUGGUAGAGGCUCCCGGUUUGUGAUCUUCCGCUGCGUACACAGAGUGAGCCAUGAGGAGGUGUCAGACGGCCUGUGUGACAGCGGGUCCAAGCCCAGCGCUGAGGAAGAGCCCUGCAAUGUCCAAGCCUGUCCUGCCUUCUGGGACAUCGGCGAGUGGUCCGAGUGCAGUAAGACCUGUGGCUUGGGGAUGCAGCACAGGCAGGUUCUGUGCCGGCAGGUCUACGCAAACCGCACCCUGACCGUGCAGCCAAACCGCUGCCAGCACCUGGAGAAGCCCGAAACCACCAGCACCUGCCAGCUCAAGAUCUGCAGCGAGUGGCAGAUCCGCACCGAAUGGAGCUCGUGCGCGGUGCCCUGCGGUGUGGGUCAGCGCUCGCGGGAGGUGCGCUGUGUCAGUAACGUGGGAGACUUUGUGGACGACGAAGAGUGCAACAUGAAGCUGAGGCCCAACGACAUUGAGAACUGUGACAUGGGGCCCUGCGCAAAGAGCUGGUUCUUCACAGAGUGGGGGAACAGGUGUUCUGCGGACUGUGGGGUCGGAGUCAGGUCCCGAUCCGUGCUGUGCAUGACCAAUCACAUAAGCAGCCUCCCCCUGGAAGGGUGUGGCCACGAGCGCCCUGCAGAUGCCAUGGCGUGUAAUAACGGCCCCUGCGAGAGCCAAGUGCAGUGGUUCGCAGGCAGCUGGAGUCAGUGUUCUGCAGAGUGUGGCAGUGGCACUCAGCAGAGAGAGGUGGUGUGUCUUCAGAAAUCAGAGGACAGCUUCACAGUCCUGCAGCCCUUUGAGUGUGCCUCUCUAGAACGACCACUCAACCAGCAAACCUGCUCCCUUAAAGCCUGCGGCGCUAAGUGGUACCACACAGACUGGAGCUCGUGCUCCAAGUCGUGCGAGGGCGGGUUUCGGGUCCGGGAGGUGCGUUGUCUUUCUGACGACAUGACAACCAGUGAACACUGUGAGGCCCAGCUCAGGCCUGACGAGAGGGAGACGUGUAACACCGAGCCCUGCGCACCUGAGAUAGAUGAGAACUGCCGAGACAAGUAUUUCAACUGCAACGUGGUGGUCCAGGCCCGGCUCUGUGUGUACAACUACUACAAAGCUGCCUGCUGUGCCUCCUGUACCCGAGUGGCCAAUCGACAUCCAGGAUUCCUGGGGCGCAGAUAACACCCGCCCACUACAGGCACACUCUAUCCCAGCAGCCACUUCUCUACAGUCAUGCCUGCAGCGUGACCCUAGAUUCAGACCAAGGCUUUUCCAAAAGAGACAGCGGGCCCAUUCCUCUGUGCGGUAACCAGGCCAGAAUUCCAUCCCUCACAAACACACAUGCAAACGACACACAACAUCACUGUGAUGUUUAUAAACCCCUUUAAACAAGACUUCAGGACCAGGACAAAGCAUUCUCAUUGAGAGGGUACUGAAGACGUUUGGUUUGUCCUGCAUUUUCACUGGCUUGGAAGCAAUAUGCAACCUGAUUGGAUGUGCGGGUAUACAUGACUAUUCAGUUUAGCAUUGGGCAUUCUGAUUGUACAAGAGAGUUAAAGCAUUACAUCCAUCCAAUAGUAUCCUACUUUCGAAUUUGAUGAAAGGAUGUAAUGUACUGUUAAUAAAACUAUGACAGGGCCAUGAUUAGUAUUCAUUUACACCUUUGAGUGGCCUUAUAUUAUCAUUUAUGUGUUUUUCAAUCAUGUAAGCAUAGGGAAUGUCCUCUUACAGUAGGUUUGAAAGUUUGAUUAAAAGCGCCACUGAACAGGGAAAUCAUAUAGAGCUACUGUAUUUUUGAUUGAAUUCAUCCUAGUUUCCAUCCUAAUGGUCCUUAACCUUCCUUGUCUAACAGUGACAGCGGCUAGUAGAGUGAUGGUACGGAAGCAGCUGGAUUUCAAGUAAAAUAUCAAAUGUAUUUUUUAUAUCUGUAGAAUAUCUCUUUUUGCUUAGUUUCAGAAUACUGCAGUAUACAUGUGAAUUAUGAACUAACUUACAUAGUACAUUCCUGAAUCAAUACCUCUAUUGCACUGUACUACCGAGCCACGUCUGGGCCUCACCAGGGAGCCUGGUUGUGUUUCCACUGCAGAGCCCGAGCCACGCCACACACAGUGAACAUGUCGAGUCGCAUGCAGAUGAUGCUGUAUUAAGAGGCGCUGUUUUGAGCGGAGAAUAGCGGAUCCAGAGGUUAGAGUUUUCUUCGUUUUCAUAUAUUACUGAAUACAACUGAGCAUCCUCAGCUUCCCAAGGCUGUGCUUUUCUCUCCUCCGACUUGCUGCACGCCAUGUUGUUCAUCUUCCUCGAGUGCUUUGAGUGACACAGCGUAUUGUUGAAAAUCAUUAACCCCGCCCUGGCCCUGCUCGGCCCGACGAGACACAUUCAGAUGUGUUGUGAGGCCAGAGUUUCACGGUUUGGAACUCGUUUGGCUUGACAAAUAGCCAGUGGCCCUUACGGCUCGGACAUGCCUGUGGAAAAGGGGUAUCAGAUUUGUACCAUUACUUUUUACAGACCCUAUAGCUGAACACAUCACCUACACACACACACACACCCCCUCCCCCCCUACAAUAUCUGGAUUUUUUUUUCUUGUAAAAAAAACUGCAAACGAGAAAAAUCUGUCUGUAAUUCUUAAGUUAUUUUUUAAUAAAUGUAAAAAUUUAAAUUAAAAAUAAACCCCAGACCCUGACAGGUGGUGGGUGUAUGGAUAUGGUAAUGAGGGGUACUGAGCUGACGAUAAGAACUGAGACUGGCCCAAAAAAGUAGCAAACCUUGAGAUUUAGAAUAAACAAAAAACAUGUGUCAGCUAUCAGAGAUGUGUGACUGCAACUGGUGGCCAAUUCAACUCAGUUUUCAGCACAUAACUUUGACUCAGAGUGGCAACAUGCUUGUGGGUUUAGUUGGACUAGUCAGACGGUCUAGUUGAGAAUUCAAUACCAACUACUGUAACUAAAAUGUGUUCUGGACAUACUUUAUCACACACUAGUGAGAGGAGUAGAAUCUGGGGGUCUAUGACGGCCUCUGGUUGUAUGUCACAAUGGAUGUAUCUACUUUUUCAUGUUACUGAUGCCUUGAAUUUACUGCUGUUGUGGCCGAUGAAUUUCACUGUCAUGCUUCCUUGAAAGAGUGCCAUGGGAUUGGUAAGUUCAGCAACAUACAAAGUACCUUGGUACCUCAAGCCUUGCUUAGCAUCUGAGAUCUGAGAAGAUUAGCUCCAAGGCAGUCUGGCUGUACCCCACUGAAAACACAGAGCAUCGUAGUUUAAAAAAAACGGAAACCCAGCAAGCAAGAUGUGUGAAGUGCCUGGAUUCAAGGAAGGCCUUGGCAUGAUUGGCCAUACCCUACUAAAAUACUUGCAGAAUCUGUAAUUGCUUUAUGUUCCACUUAUUAAGCAAACCGAAUUUAAUUGGUUACAAAUAUAUAUAUA